GUGAGAUUUUUCUUCUCCGAGUUUCUUUCACUCUCAGCUCAGCUCACCUCACCUUUCUUCUUCAUCUUCUUCUCCAAUUCCAAUUCCAAUUCCCAUUCCAAACUCUGAAAAUUCCUAAACCCAAUUCCCUAAACUCAACAGAUUUCCAGUUUCUGCACUUUCACCUAGAUCCUUCUGUAGGACAUCCUCUCACUCCUCGCCUAAAACCAUCUCUGAACCCGCUCAAAGCUUCACCCUCUCUUCAUCUGUGAAUUCCCUAAAAGCUGUAUCCUCUCUUUGUCUUGAGCGCUUCGCAGCUGGGGUUUCCGAAUCCGCCUUCGUAACUCAUUCUAAAGGGAAAACCUAGCCUAGUUGGCAGCUAUAAGACCACAUAUAUUUUAAGACUGUCUUAGGAAUUCAAGAGUCAUAACGUCAUAUGGAUGCUGGAUCUGGCUAGCAGUUUCAGGCUUUCACCUCAACCAAAGGAAGCAAUUGAUUGAACCUAAUUUGGAGAUUGGAUUGCUUUUAACUGGAGGUGGACAUUGUGCAACAGAAUCAUGUGUCAUGACCCAGUUCCACAUCAGUAGUAUAUUUAGAGGUCUUGGUAAAACUGCUUCAAUUAAUCAAAUGUGACGCUUCUAAGUAUAAACAUUUUAAUCUUGGUAAAUUUGAUGAUCAUAGCUGUAGCUACAAGAUACAAAAUGAGGAUAUGCGAUCAGCUUGCAUUCAACUGAAAUGAAGAACCUACAGAUUCUAUAUAAUGCAGUUUGACUGACUUGAGAGACUGCUUCCUGGACCUUGUCAUGGAUUCUCAGAAUACACCGGAAAUACAAUCCUCAACCCAGGUUUCACAUGAAUCCCACAGUGACCAACAGAACAAUGCCACUGAGGCUCCUGUGGUGGAUUCAGGUUCAAAUUCCACUUCAAGCCAUGAUAAUAAGAAAGUUUCCCGGGAGGAUAUUGAACUUGUCCAGAAUUUGAUAGAACGGUGUCUGCAGUUGUAUAUGAAUAGAGAUGAGGUGGUAAAAACCCUUCUGAAUCGUGCAAGGAUUGAUCCUGGAUUUACAACUUUGGUAUGGCAGAAGUUAGAAGAAGAAAAUGCCGACUUUUUUAGGGCCUAUUACAUAAGGCUAAAAUUGAAAAAACAAAUUAUCUUGUUCAAUCAUUUGCUCGAGCAUCAGUAUAAUCUAAUGAAGUUUCCUGUACAUCCAAAGGUUCCUCUGGCUCCAAUACAGAAUGGUAUUCAUUCGAUGCCAGUUAACAACUUACCCAUGGGAUACCCUGUCCUACAGCAACCACCAAUUCCAGCUACAGGUCAGCCUCAUUUUGAUACCAUGGGCUGUGGAAUAUCUAGCUGUCAUGUGGUAAAUGGGGUGCCUGCACCAGGCAGUUUCCAUCCCAUUCGGAUGAAUCCUGGGAACGAUAUGGUGAUGGACAACAAUGCUGCUGAUGUACCACCUGCCGUUCCACCAAGCAGUGGCAUGUCAUCCAUUUCAGAUGUGGCUAUGAGCCCUCCUUCAGUGGCUUCUUCUGGCCAUUUCCCCUUUGCUGCAUCAGACAUUUCAGGAAUGGGAGUUGAUACAUCAGCACUUGACACAACAUUUACUUCUAAUGUAGCAAGUUCAGUAGGAUUGCAGCUUGCGCCAGAUAAUGGGGCUGGAAAUUCUAGAGACUCACUGAGAUCAUUGGCUCAGAUACCUUGGAACUUUAGCCUAUCAGAUCUUACUGCAGAUCUGUCAAACCUGGGAGAUCUAGGGGCCUUGGGAAAUUAUCCUGGUUCCCCCUUUUUGCCUUCUGAUUCAGAUAUUUUAGAGCAAGAGGAUAUAGUUGAGGAGUUUUUUGUUGACUCAGUACCAGGGCAACCGUCCUCCCAAUCUGAUGAAGAAAGAUCCUAGAUUUAAGGCGAGGCCUAUCAGUUCCUGUUAAUUACUUAGGCUAUUGCAAGUUUAUUGUACAAUAAAAGAGAUGAAACUGUAGCAUUUAGCUAUUUACUAGGCAUUCAGAGAGUUCAAUGAGUAUUCGUGGUUUGUGUUGGAUCUAUAUUUGUUUGUCAGUAGGAAACAGUUAAAUGCUACAGUAGCUUUACUUUAUUUUGCAUGGCCCUUGGCGUAUGAUUAGAUAUUGAAUGCUUAACAUUUGGAGGAAAGCUCGACUGUGAAAUGAUGUGAUUAUUGGAGUUC